GCGUACAGCAGCCACCUGCCUUUUGGUCAGUCAACUGCGUCACAACAACAACAACAACUCUCCACAAAAAUGUAUCACUCCAGUGCCGGUUACCCGGAUCUGACGGGUGGUGCGGCGGGCAACGGCGGCUACCAUCACCAAACAGCUAUGAAUGCGCCCGUCUAUGUGCCCUCGAACCGCGCGCUCACACAGAGCCAGUACAAUCACGUGGCUACACAUUUUGGCACGGCUGCGGCACAAAACGCCUGGACAACGGAUAGUUUUGGCACAGCGCACGCGCAACUGCCGGCACAAUUUUAUACGAUGGGCUCUUGGCGUGCUGCCUACGAUCCGACCGGCUUUCAGCGUUCGUCACCCUAUGAGAAUGCGAUUGAUUUUCAGUUUGGUGAGGGACGCGAAUGUGUGAAUUGUGGCGCGAUUAGUACGCCGUUAUGGCGACGUGACGGCACCGGUCACUAUCUGUGCAACGCUUGCGGUCUCUAUCAUAAAAUGAACGGCAUGAAUAGACCGCUUAUCAAGCCGAGCAAGCGACUGGUGAGUGCAACGGCAACCCGAAGGCUGGGCUUGUGCUGCACCAAUUGCGGUACACGCACCACAACGCUUUGGCGCCGCAACAAUGAAGGCGAACCCGUGUGUAAUGCCUGUGGACUUUACUUCAAGUUGCACGGUGUCAAUCGACCGCUAGCAAUGCGGAAGGAUGGCAUACAGACACGCAAGCGAAAGCCGAAAAAGUCAAACAGCUCGACGGAUGGAGCGAAAGAUGGCAAAGAAGAUGAUUUGAAAACUUCGCUCGCCUUAGAGCGCCACAGUUUGCCCUCAUCGGUGGCGCUCUCUGCCAAACUGCAGUCCGAUAUGGCACUUAAAGGCAACAACAGUCUCAACAAUACAAUUAGCAGUAUGAACAGUAGCAAUUCCUUGCACAACAUCAGUCUGAAUGCCAUCAACAGUUCGCCAUCGUCCAGCGGUUCACUGCACAAUCCACUUAGCCAUCACAUGCAUUUGCCCUCAGCAGCCGCACAACAGUCCCGCCAUUCAACCAUUUCACACACACAUUCACAUGCGCUCUCCUCAUCCUCCACCAGCAAUACACCCACCGUGCACUCAGCCAGCACAGCGUCAUCUCUAAGCUCACACAUGUAUUCGCCGCAAAGUAAUGCGAGUGCUGCGCAACUGUCCAGCUCAAGUUUCGGCUCACACGUUAUCUCCAAGUACGAGCACCUGCUUUCGACCAGCGGCAGCGCUGGUGGCGCAGCUGGUGUCAACAGCAACAUUGGAAAUCUCAACAAUUCAUCCACAAGCGCUGUCUCGCUCUCCAACGGCAUUUCCACCAGCACGCCCAGCCCGAAUUAUCAUCACUCAGCGGCGGCGGCGGCGCAUCUCCAUCACCACCAUCAUCAUCACCAUCCAACCGCGUCGGCGGCGCAUCAUGCCGCCUCACAUCAUCCGGGUACACAUCACUCAGCGGCCGCGUUGGGCCAACACAGCGGCAGCUCACACAUCAGUUCGGCUGAUGGCAAUGCGGCUGUUGGCGGUUACAGCGUCAAAUCGGAAGCCAAUGCCAGCAAUUAUGAUUAUGUGAGUAACUGCUACUUUGGCGGCUCUUUUCCGCCAUUGAGCGCCUCCAGCGCUGCGUCGGCUGCCGGCGGCGGCAUGAGCAUGGGCAUGGGUAUGGGCGUGGGCAUGGGCGUUGGCAUGCAUGGAAUGCACAGCUCAACGGGCGAACUGGCGAGCUAUCACCAUCAUCAGCACAAUGUCAUACAGGCGGCCAAAUUAAUGGCCACAUCGUAAGUGUAAAUGGUAUGUGUAUGUGGACUGUAUGGUUUCUCGACAGCGUGGACUUUAUGCGUCCUCAGUAGGAGAUCUAGCAAGUUUCAUGUAAUGUAUUGUAUGCAACUGCGAUUUUAGUGUUAUCUCAACUUUAUUGUACAAAAAAUAUUUUUAAUAAUAAUAAAACCAAAAUAGUUUGUUAGAAAGAUUAGAAAUAUAAUCACAAUCAAAAUGUAUCCCAACUGUAAUAAUUAAGUGUAGUAAUUAAUUGUGUUUCGAGUGUUGCAAGCAGUUGCUCCUUUUCUCUGAUGUGUAACAAUAGAUUAGUAGUUUCAAUUAGAUCUGCAAACAAAUUAUAGUACGCAUUAGCCUUAGCAGUCUUAUAGACUUUACAUGCCUACAUUUAAUCAUUAAUCACUCAUGUGUUUGUAAGUAGUAUUAAAAUGUAUUAUAUAUGUAUAAUAUUAAACGCCAAUAUGUUAACUGAACGAUAUCGAAUUGUAUUAUAAAUAGCAUUAGUGCAAUAUGAAGAAAAGAAUUCUAAUAAAAUGUGAAAACCGCAAGAAUAACUCAUU